ACCGUGACUUCCCGCCUUUUUAUCGGGAGAAACAGUUGGGCGACACAAUUAUAAUUAAUACGUCGCAGUCGUUGCCGUGCAUGCCUUUCAAAUAACAACAAAUAGCGAAUAGUGAAAAUUAGCAACAAUAGAAGAACAAAAAACGAAGUUAAGGUCAAAAUAAAAUCACUGUGUAACCAAAAUCGAACAAACUCAAUGCGCCCGCAGCGCUGUGAAAAAGUGAAAAGUUCAGUCGUUGACGUUUCGUCUUUGUUGUUGUUGUUGCUGCAAUCGCGCGCUCAUUUACAGAGCUGAACCCCCGCGGCCGCGCCCGCUGCCGCCGCUGCUGCUGCUGCUGUCGCCGUCAGCAGCAACGUUAUAAAUUCUAGCCAAAAUAUAGUGAAUACAUUUUUUUUUAUUUAAUAUUUUUGUUGCAUUGUAUUGCGUUUUGCAUACGAAAUUGAAGACAGAGCAACGAGAACAACACCGGCAGCAACAAAAUGAGCAACGAUGUGCAAGAACAAGAGGUGGGCGCCGAAGUUGUCACCAGCGCCAGCGCCUCCAUCGAUGAUGGCCAAGAGAGUUUGCGCUGCAAAUUUGAGAAUCUAUGCCGUGAUCUGAACAUGGACAGCAUGACCGAGGAGGAGGCCUUGAAAAAGCUCAACGAAGUGCUGCAGCAUUAUUCUCUAGAGGGGGAGAUCAUGCACUGGGUUUGUUGUGCUCUAUAUGCGGCAUGCCGUCAAUCGACCACGCCCACGGUGGGUGGCCAGGAUACCGUUGUAAUGGGCAAUUGUGUGCCAUUAAACAAUUUGCUGCGCAGCUGUCAAAUGAGCAUCUACGAGUUCAAAAAGAAGAUCAAACUGUGGUGCGACAUGGCCAAUCUGCCGCAGGAUUUUAUACAACAAAUUGAGGAAUUGGAGCGCAAAUUCAGCAUCACAUUCACGCUCUACAAAAAGUAUCGGGUAAUCUUCGAUCAGGUCUUUUUGUGUCCGCCCAACGAGAAGAAACACUCGAAAUAUUACAGCAUUAAAUGUCCAUACAUCAAGCUGGACGAUAUUUGUUGGCGUUUAUUUUUGUGCGCCAAAAAUCAGAAGCCAAUAACAACGCUUGAUUUGGUCACAUCGUAUAAUUUAAUGAUGUGCUGCAUUGAUCUCAUCUUUGCCAAUGUGCUGGCCGAGAAACGUACUGAUCUCAUCAAUCCGAGCUUCGAGGGAUUGCCAUCAAACUGGAAUGCGGCGGACUUUGAUGAAACCCAAGCCCGCAAUCAUUGUAUACUCAAAUACUUUUGCGAGAUGACGGACGAGGCGAAAGCCUUGAAGGCGACCGUCUUUAGCAAGAUCAUGCAUAGUUUCUUUCAAAAGAACACCAUUUUUGGUAAAAAGGAUACGCUGCUCGGCCUGGUGGCUAAUGAGAACUUUGAGCGCAAUCUGAAAUCUCUCAACAUUAGCUAUGAGCAGUAUGUGCUAAGCGUUGGCGAGUUCGAUGAACGCAUAUUGGCCGCCUAUCCCUUGGAUGCCGGCGAGCAUAGCAAUCUAAAUGAACAGGCAUUGCGUCCACCAGUUACACCAUUGACACGCAAACAGGAUUUGCCCGCUCAGCCCGUGAUGUCGGAGCAGAAAUUCGAACCGGUCGCCAAUGCCACCAACAAUGUGAAAAAGCUGAGCGCCAACAUCAGUCGCAUCACUGAGCCCACCGACUUUGUCAAGAAAGCCGGCGAGGAACCAAUUGCCAAGAUGCUCUCCAUUAUUGCACAAAAGGAACAAGCGUUUUUGAUUGAGUAUCCGAUGCGUAGCGAGGCCGAGAAUCGCUUUCGUUUGGCCAAAUCACUAUUCUUCUAUCUGGUGGAUCUCAUACUGCGCGCUGAGAUUAAAAAUAAUCCCGAUAUUCUGCACAAGAUCUCAAAUAAAUUUAUUGUCACCUUGUUGGCCUGCUGCACAGAGCUGGUGCUCGAGGCCUACAACACAGAGCUUAAGUUUCCCUGGAUUCUGGACUGUUUCAGUAUUAAUGCCUUUGAAUUUCACAAGAUCAUUGAGAUUGUUGUACGCCAUGGCAGCCCCGAUGGCUGGCUGACCCGCAGUCUGGUCAAGCAUCUCAAUUCCAUUGAGGAGACGUGUCUCGAAAGUUUGGCAUGGAAAAGUUCAUCGCCAGCCUGGGGUAUCAUUGGGAAUACACCGCAACCGCUGCCCACCUGUAAGGAGGUGAACAAGGAUAAGGCUGCCGGUGUGCAGAUCUUUCUGCGCAAAGUCUAUCUAUUGGGAUGGCUGCGCAUCUCCAAGAUGUGUGCCGAGCUAAAUCUGAGCGAGAAGAAACCCGACAAGAUCUGGACAAUAUUCGAGCAUUCGAUAACACACAAAACUUACUUAAUGCAGGAUCGACAUCUCGAUCAAAUCAUUAUGUGUGCAAUAUAUAUUUAUAUUAGAGUUACUAAAAUGGAGGAGCCAAAAUUCAUUGACAUUAUGCGUGCCUACCGCAAUCAGCCGCAGGCGGUUAAUAGUGUCUAUCGGGAGGUGUACAUUAACACCAAAAAGGAUGGUGAACGCGACUACAGAGAUAUUAUUCACUUCUACAAUUACACAUAUGUCCCAAAGAUGACAGAGUUCUGCAUCAAAUAUCUUGAAGAGACAGCGGAUAAUGUAAAUCUGCUGCUCUCGCCGCAUCCCAUAGAGCGCACAGUGCUGCCCAAGAAGCUAAUACACAAUCACUCACUCUUUGUCACAAAUAUGCAAAAGAAUGAGAAACAAAAUUCGCCAGAUGAGAUUGUCUUCAUCUUUAACAGCAGUCCAGCCAAGCAAUUGGAGGACAUGAACAAAGUUGUACGUGGAACCGGCAAACGUAUGCUGCGCUUUGAAAAUGAUCCUGGCCUGGCUAUUGUGGAACCGAAGCGAAACAUGCGCGAUCAGCAGCCGCAGCGUUGAAUGCAAAUAUAUAGGCAAUAGACAAUACAAAUACAGGCCGGAGAAGCAGAAGCA